AUGCAUGUCGCCGCUGAUCCUUUUUGUCGGACCUCUUUCCAGCCUCCCUUCUCCAAGAUCCACAUGGCUUCUACAAUGUCUCUUGCUCCAGCGAACGACGGAUGGCUGCAGCGCAACGUGCGCGUGCUCGGAUCGUACGCAUCCACCAGCACACCCUCUUACGCCCUCUCGGCGCUGUUUGCGCUCUCGACGCCCUUUGGCUUUGCCUCUCCCGCCCAGGCCGCCGCCGAAGCCGCGGCGAAACAGCAGCAUCAGCAGCAACUGGCCCGCGCCUCGGAAGCCGCCGCCUCUCGUGGCUCGUCGUCGCUCGUCGCACGUCUCGUCGCGAACGUGCAGUCGCAGCGCAGCGCACCCAGCCUUGCACCCGUACGCACGCUGCCGCCCUUCUGGCAGCUAGCCUUCUUCGCGGCAGCGUUCGGCACGGGAGGAUACAUGAUCGACGAGGGCGACCACCUCAAUGGCAGCGGCGUAGUCACGGCGUGGUCGCUCACGUAUCUGCUCUUCAAGACCGUCCCUGUCGCCAGGCAGUUGCCGCGCAACCCGCUUGCCAUGUCGCUGUCGGCAGCCGUGCUGGCGCUAGGGUUGGGCGUACAUGGCAGUCACUACUUUGAUCAGACCAGCUGGAAAGGCAAUGUGCCCUCGUUGGGUGCUCAGGAACUAAAGACGGAUGGAACAGUCAAGCGAGCGGUGGAGACAAGACCGACUAGCAUCUUUGCCAGCACACAGCCACCACAACCCAUUCGAGGCACGGCUCGGGAUCACAUUGCACGCAAGAGUGGCGGUGGGAGCAACAACAACGACCUCGCUCGAACAGCCGCUUUCCGCUUCCGCCGAGGCGACACACCUUCAACACCCGCUCUCGAACCAUGA